CUCAGAGGCAGAGCACAUCGAUCGGCAAUGAGUUUGUUGCACAUUUGUCGGUAGCAGAGUAACGUGCCUUACAUUUGCAGAGCUAGUCAGGCUAUGUGAAAAUAAUGUUUAGUAAUCAGGGCAUUCAACCCAUAACUGUUGUUUUUAACAACACAAAAAACUGCUUUCUUCAACUCUCCCAGAAGUUGAUAUCGCAUCUUUCCUUGAACGAGAACCAGGCUUUGGAGUUGUCCUGGUCCCAUGGAUCUCCAGUGUUCCUGAGCUGGACUCUAAACAGAACGUCCUCCAGCCUAGACAGUCAUAAAGUGGAGCUGUGUCGACAACUGGGAGAAAAGUUUGGCCUAAAAGAUGGAGAGCAGGGCUUCCUGAGACCAUGUCACCAGGUCUCAUCACUGCAUCAAGUGUUUGUGGAGCCUCUGUCAUCUGAUGACUGGGAAAUCUUGGAGCUCCACAGUGCAGCGCUGGAGCAGCAGCUGUUGGAUCAGAUCAGAGUUGUUUUCCAAAAUGCUGUGUUUCCUGUGUGGGUGGACAGCCACACAGCAAUCUACAUCCAAAUAGCCUCUCUUUCGCCAUCCGUGCCCUAUGGUCGCUUGGAGCAGUUCACAGAACUAGUUGUCUCUCCUAAGAGCCGCGCUGGAAUUGGCAAUCUCGAUGGUUCUCCAGUGACAAACCACGAGAAGCAGCAUUUUCAAAGACAGCAAAAUAUGGAUCUUUCCUCCCCCUCAGGACCAUCAUUAGAAAGUACCACCCCUGUUCCUCAAAGCCACCAGUGGGGUGGCAUAGCUGACCUGAAGAGCUUGCUACGCUAUAUGAUAAAGGGUACUUAUGACCCAGUUAAAGAGCUACCACCUGUACCCGACGUCCCUGUCCUCACUGACUCUAUCUACAGAGUGUGCGGUGCACCUCCAGACUCUCUUUGCACUAUAUGCCAUGUCGCAACUGCCGUUAUUCAUAUAUUUCCGUUGAGCCACGGGUUGAAUGCUCGGCCAACUCGAAGUCAGUCACCAGUGACUUAUGGCCUGCUCUCCAAAGUUCUGUCCCCUAAAGAAUCGAGGGACAGAGCCAAACAGGCCAUGGAGAAAAAGAAGAACACAGGAGCUACUAAAAUUGCUGGAGGAGAAGAGAUGAAAGAAGAGGAAGCUGUGGUGGUCAGGGUCGUGUGCCAUGGUACUGAGAUGCUAGCACACAAGGAAAAAAGUCACAGCAAGGGAGAGAUCCAUAGUGGAAGAGUAUUGAUCCCACAGCCCCUGGCCAUCAGGUUGAAUAUCAUCCCACAUUCAACAGUUAGAAUUAAGCCAGUCAAAUCAACUAUCAAAGUAGCCUCCUCUAUUCGCCUACAACCUCUAAUGCCUCUGCCCGAGGAGGACGAUGAGGCGAUCCAGACAGCUUUCCUUGGUUGGCUACACACUCAGAGUCAUGAACCUUUAGCCUGUCUGACUGCACGGUCUGGCACCAUCCUCCUACAUGGAACUGAUGCAAAGUUAGAGUUUGCUUUAACUGUACUGAAACCAGAACCAGAGAGCGAUCCUCCAGACCAGCUGUUUUCACUAACACCCGGUGUUGUCCAGAAGGAAAACAUACAGGUAGACAGAGAGCCAGUGGCAUUGCCAGAUGUAAAAUCUACAGAUGAAACACCCAACCCAGAGCUUCCAUCCCUCAGUAUUCUUGGUGGGAUCGGUGAGCUGAGUAAGACUGGAUUUGACUUCAUCUCCCACAGUCUUCUGGGUAGUCCUCUCUCAAGAGAGCUUGGUGCCACUGGACGUGGACUCCAAGGAGGAGCUCUACUCAUCACUGGGUCUAAGGGAAGUGGAAAGAGUACUCUAUCCCGAGCCCUCUGUAGAAAAGCUAGAGAAGAUCUGGAUGCACAUGUGGAGCUGGUGGACUGCAAAAAACUACAAGGCAAAAGGGCAGAAACGGUAAGACAGAUGCUACAGGAUAUUUUUGAACAGGCGGAGUGGAGGCAGCCUUCAGUUGUACUAUUUGAUGAUUUGGACCAUAUUACUGGGGCACCAUCCUCACCAGAGCAUGAGCAUGGACCUGAGGCGCUGCUGCAACAGCACAUCGCACAAAGUCUGAAGGAUGUGGUGGAUGAGGUGCUGGUUCACUCCAGGCUGGUGUGUCUGAUCAUCACCAGCCAGAGUGAGCAUUCCCUCCACCCCUCCCUGACCGAGGUGCAGGGGUCCCACUUUAUCCAGGGCUUUGCACACAUCCAGCCACCCGACCAGGCUCAAAGAGCAGAAAUCAUGAGUCGUCUGAUACUCCGAAAAACAACUUUAUCUGAGGAGACCUUACAGACUCUAGACCUGGCAGCUGUUGCAAAGGAGACGGAGGGAUACACGCCCCAAGACCUUGUACUACUUUUGGAGCGGGCUGUCCAUGCCAACACUCUACAAAGAGGACACAGUGACCAGGGUGUGUGUCUGUCAUGGAGGGACUUUGUGCAGGCUCUCAAGGGAUUCACGCCUCCCUCGCUGUGGGGUGUAGAUCUCCACACUCCAAGUGGAGUUGGGCUGGAGAGGGUGGGGGGGCUGAGGGAGGUGCGACAGCAGCUAAUGGACACCAUACUCCUCCCCGCUAAGUAUCCCAUCCUGUUCUCCAAUCUUCCUAUCCGCCAUCGCUCAGGAAUAUUGCUGUAUGGAGCUCCUGGUACGGGGAAGACUCUGCUAGCCAGGGCCGUGGCCAAAGACAGUGGUAUGAACUUCAUCAGCAUCAAGGGACCUGAACUUCUGAGUAAGUACAUUGGAGCAAGUGAGCAGGGAGUCCGUAAUGUCUUCCAGAGGGCACAAGCUGCCAAGCCAUGCAUUCUGUUCUUCGAUGAGUUUGACUCACUGGCCCCCAGGAGGGGCCACGACAGCACAGGUGUAACCGACCGUGUGGUCAACCAGCUCCUCACCCAGCUGGAUGGGGUGGAGGGACUGCAGGGUGUAUAUGUGCUUGCAGCCACCAGUCGUCCAGAUCUGAUUGACCCAGCCCUGCUGAGACCUGGACGACUGGACAAGUCCCUCUACUGCCCCCCUCCUGACCUGGAGGCUCGUACGGAGAUCCUGAAAGCUCUGAGCACUGGUGCUGCCCUGGCUGCUGACGUGGACCUUGAGCAGCUGGCAGCAGCAACAGAGCAGUUCACCGGGGCAGACCUGAAGGCCCUGCUCUACAACGCCCAGCUGGAGGCCGUCCACAACAGCAUGGCCUCUAGCACACCACACGAGCUGAUCUCCGGCUCAGACAGCGACAUGAGCCUGUCCUCCAUGAUCUUCCCAAACAACAGCAGUGGCUCAGAUGAUUCGGUGGGGGAGGGGGACCCAGGCGUGGGGCUGGACCAGUCCAUGGUUCUCCUGGAGCCCAGUGAGCUUCAAGCAGAAGACGAACACCAUCGUGGAAAUGUUUGGAGACUCUACUUUGGAAGCUCCUAUGAGUCAGAGUUGGGGAAUUCACCGAUUUCAGGACUGAACUCCCAAUGUGUCUCUGGACCGAACUCCAUGUCCCAUGACUUAACAAGGGCAACAGGUCGGGAACCUGGCGGCUCACUCCCCCCUGCCUACAUGUCCUCCCUUCAGAGCGGUUACCAAGAGCUUGGCCCGGAGCACCUGGAGCGCCUACAACAAGACAUUAACAACAUCAAGAAUAACUACAGGAGAGCCAACGAGGACGCUGUCCGGGUGCAUUCAGCCUCCAGCCAGCCAGGCCUGCUGCUAUGUCAGGCUCAUGUGAACUCCGCUCUGGCUGUGACCAGACCGUCCCUCAGCAUAGCUGACUGGAACAGAUACACAAAACUGUAUGAAGCCUAUGGUGGUGCAGGAGACGGGAAAUCUCUUCAUUCAGUCACAUUUAAACCUGGACAACGUGUGACUUUAGCUUGAUCAGACAUGCUAGUUUGACACACAUAAUACGUUGUUUUUGAUGUAAGUUAAUAAAAGCUGUGAUGCAUUAAAAUUUAACGAUCAGUGGAGUUUACACCAACAAUUCCAGAGCUUUGAAGGCAAUGUAAAAUAAUGUUUGUUUAAAUGUUUCCUACUGACUUGAUUCUGAGUGAGACAUUUAUCUAAUUAAAAUGUAAUUAUUGUAUAUAUGUAUUAUGCCAGAGGAUAAAUUAUGUAUUUGUUAGAAUUAAAGAUGAAAUCUUUGUACAAA